UUGGCGGGGGGCACAAGCCUGGAGGAGGGUGGGGAAGGGACGGGAAAAUCUCCGUGAUGCCCACGGAAGCGGCUGGCAGAGCCUUGUGCCCACGCUGCUCCCGGGCAUCCAUGGGAGUGAUGUGAGAGCGGAUCCCAUAUGGGGCUGGGGGUGGCAGGGAAGGGGGUGGCAGGGACAGCUGUGACAAACCCGGAGCGCAUCACCCAGACCCACUCUUACCCCACACAGAGCUCUGGCUGAAGCUGUGCAUUCCCAGGUGGGAGCAGCGGCAGGGGAGAUGCCCCAGGUGCCGGUGCUGGACUCAGGAUGAACCUCGUGGCGAUGGCGACCGACCCCGAGCUGCAGUGGGUGUCCCUGUGGCUCCGUGUGCGCUGGGCGGCCGUGCUGGUGCUGCUGCUGAGCUCCCUGGUGAUGCUGCUGCUGCCGCUGGACAACCAGUGCCAGGCUGUGCUCAAGGGCCUGUCCCUGCUGAGGAACAGGCUGGGCUCCUCCUCGGGGAUCAGCAGGAUCAUGGGACAGAGCACCGAGCUGAGCGUCACCUCCCGCGGGCUGGAGCUGCUGGUGCUCAAGGGAAAAGCAUCCCCAGAGGUGAAGCUGGAAGCCAGAGCAGCUCUGAAUCAAGCCCUGGAGAUGAAGCGCCAAGGGAAGCGGGAGAAGGCUCACAAACUCUUCCUGUACGCCCUCAAAAUGGACCCGGAUUACGUGGAUGCCCUCAACGAGUUUGGGAUCUUUUCAGAGGAGGACAAGGACAUCCUGCAGGCCGAUUACCUGUACUCCAAAGCUCUGACCAUCUCCCCCCACAACGAGAAGGCUCUGAGCAACCGCGGCCGGACGCUGCCCUUGGUGGAGGAGAUCGACCAGAGGUAUUUCAGCAUCAUUGACAGCAAGGUCAAGAAGGUGAUGGCCAUUCCCAAGGGGAAUUCCGCCCUGCGCAGGGUGAUGGAGGAAUCCUACUACCACCACAUCUACCACACGGUGGCCAUCGAGGGGAACACGCUGACGCUGUCCGAGAUCCGGCACAUCAUCGAGACCAGGUACGCCGUUCCCGGGAAGAGCCUGGCGGAGCAGAACGAGGUGCUGGGCAUGCACGCCGCCCUCAAGUUCGUCAACACCACGCUGGUGUCGCGCAUCGGCUCCGUCACCAGCAGGGACAUCCUGGACAUCCACCGGGCCGAGUAUUACCACGUGCUGGAGGUGGCCAACGAGGGCGACGUGCGCCCCUUCAUCCGCUUCAUCGCCAAGUGCGCCGAGACCACGCUGGACAUGCUGCUCAUCGCCACCACCGAGUACUCCGUGGGCCUGCCCGAGGCUGGCUCCAAACAAACCAUCCCCGUCAAGACUUGAGGGUCUGGGGCAAGUUCAACAGAACUCCAAGCUGUUCCUGCUGGGAAAUGACUGGAUGGGAGGUGGCACUUGAGUGUUUUAUUUAAAUUUGAUUAAAUUAAUAUAAUUUAUUUAUA